GCGCUCGGCAUGUAUAAGAGGCCGGGGCGCGCGCCUGUUGAGGUCACACUAGCCCCGACCCGUCCCGACAUGGCGGCCGCCCGCUCUCCUGCCCUGCCGCUGCUGCUGCUGGUGGCGCUCUUCCCGGCGGCUCGCUGCAUGCCGAUUGACAACGCCCUGGACGACGAGGUCCUGUUCUCGAAGCUGCAGGCCUGCUUCACGGCCAGCGGGAUGGCGCAGCUGGACUCGCCGCUCGAGCAGCUGGCCGACAAGCUGCCGAGCUUGUCCCGCAGGAGGGACAUUCUGCAGGGUUUCCUGGACUGUUGCUCCAAGCAGGACUUCCCCGGCAUGGAGACGCUGGAGGCCAACAAGCAGGACAGCGAGGAGCUGUCGCAACAGCUGAAGGUGCUGCAGCAGAAGAUCCAGACCAUCUACAAGAACUACCUGAUGGGCACGAGCGUGGGCCUCAGCAUGCUCGGCUCGUAGACCGGCCCUGUGACCCGGCGUGCCGAGAGCUCGCCAGACCCGGGCUAGGGCCGGUGGAAAUCCGGCCAGAUCGAGUGGUCGCCGGCCCGCCCCGGAGACGGCCCGUCCGAGGGCGUGACGUCACUGGGGCUGCACGCGCGCGGCGCCGGGACACGGAGGCGGAGAGCCUCGCCGCCCGGCCGCCAGGGCUGCUGGCCGUCGCGCCGUUCGCUGAGGGUGUGCGUCCCGAGGAAUCGCGCCGACCACGGGGUCGCCCUGACCUUGGAAAUGCCCGAGGUGUAAGGAGGGCAAGCUCGCCUCCAGCUAGACAGCGAAUGGGCUGGUACUCACACCGCAUCGCUGGGCUCUGUGUAGCGUCAGCUAACUAUCAGUAUUUAUAACUUUUUGCAGGUGGCAAAUGUGCACUACACAGGCAGUGGAGGUGUGUUCAUUGUCCGCGUUGUACAUAAUGUACAUAUCUAGACAUGCCAGUUAGAUCGGCUGGGAGACAAGUGUGCAGAUAGAGACGUGACGCUCGUUUCGAACGAGCCGCAUUGCGGCACGUGGAUGUGCUUAUUGCAAUGUCUAUGCCAACAAAGAAAAUAUAUUAAUACAU